AUGUCACUGGGGACCCGUGACCUGCACAGAUGGAAGCGGACCGUGCGAGAUGGCAGGGCCUCAGGGCCACGGCAGGGUCUGUCCACGGGCCUCCAGGCCCGGGACCAGACACGCACCAGGCCGGUUCGGGAAGAUGGGGCGCCCAGGUUACCGGCUAAGGGCUCCACGGGUGGCCCAGGAUCUCCCCUCAAAGGAGACAGGGCAGUACUCAGCAGCCUCCAGGCUGAUGAAGAGCCUGUAACAGGGGCUAGUAGGAGCCCAGACUGCCCCGCGGUAGAGCAGGAGGGAAGCCGCGGGGCACCUGUCCCAGAGCCGAGUGCAAAGCCGGAGAGCGAAGCGUCAGGCCUCGCCCGCUCCCGCAUCCUCCCCUCCGGAGGGAUCCCCCCAUGCCGCCGCCCGCGUUCGCCGCCUCCACCCGGCCUCCCCGCCGCCCGCGUUCGCCGCUUCCACCCGGCCUCCCCGCCGCCCGCGUUCGCCGCCUCCACCCGGCCUCCCCGCCGCCCGCGUUCGCCCCUCCGGAGGGACCCGGCCUCCCCGCCGCCCGCGUCCGUCCCUCAGGGGACCCACCUGCAGGCUCACGUCCAACCGGCCGGGCGGCGCUCGCGGCUGUCCGGGGUCCAGCGUCCGCCGCCCCGUAGCCUCCGCCGCCCCGGAGCCACAGAGCGCAGCGCCCGCCCCGCCACCCCGCCCAGACAGAUGUACUUCCGCUACCGGCCUGGGCCUCCCCGGAAGCGGAGCCGAAGUGGGGGCGCGGUCUAG